GCCCAGCCCAGCAGCCGCCGCGGGGCUCCAGGGGCGGCGGCGGUGCCGGUGCCGCUCGGGCCGCCAUGGCGCUGCGCUCCUAAAGCCGCUCGGCAGCCCCGGAGCGGCCGCCCCGUCGAAGUUUUUUUUGCGGUGGGGAGGAAGAGAAGGAGAGAAGGAGGAGGAGGAGGAGGAGGAGGCGGAGGCGGUGCGGCCGCAUGCCCGCCGCGGGGCCGCGCUCGGCGCGCUCAGGUCCCUCUAGAACGUCAUGAUGGUGGAAUCCGCCUCGGAGACGAUCCGCUCCGCUCCCUCCGGCCAGAACGGGGUCAGCAGCAUCAACAACCAGCCCGACGGGGGCGGGGGCGGCGGCGGGGGCCGGGAGGGGGCUGCCAGCGGGGACAGCAACGGGGAGCUGAGCCCAGUGGAGCUCCUGCACUUCCAGCAGCAGCAGGCUCUCCAGGUGGCACGCCAGUUCCUGCUGCAGCAGGCCGCGGGGCUGAGCUCCCCCAGCAGCAAUGAGGGCAAGCAGCCGGCGGUGCAGGUCCCCGUGUCCGUGGCUAUGAUGUCCCCGCAGAUGAUCACGCCGCAGCAGAUGCAGCAGAUCCUGUCCCCACCGCAGCUCCAGGCCCUCCUGCAGCAGCAGCAGGCAAUAAUGCUGCAGCAGUUGCAGGAAUACUACAAGAAGCAACAGGAGCAGCUUCACCUGCAGCUAUUGACACAACAGCAAGCCGGAAAGCAGCAACCCAAAGAGCAGCCGUUAGGGAACAAGCAGCUGGCGUUCCAGCAGCAGCUCCUGCAGAUGCAGCAGCUCCAGCAGCAGCACCUGUUAAACCUGCAGCGCCAGGGGCUGGUGAGCCUCCCGCCAGGCCAGGGCACCGUGCCCCUGCAGACCCUCCCUCAAGCUGUGUGCCCCUCGGACCUGCAGCAGCUCUGGAAGGAGGUCACUGCCACCCAGCCUGUCGAAGACAGCAUCAAACAAGAGGGUCUCGACCUCACCACCAACACCUCCAACUCUACCUCGUUUUCGGCCGCCAAGGUCUCACCUCCCAUUUCCCAUCACCCUCUGCCCAAUGGGCAGAGCACCAUGCACACGCCGAGGAGGGACAGCUCUUCCCAUGAAGAGACCCCCGGCUCUCACCCACUCUACGGCCAUGGAGAAUGCAAGUGGCCGGGCUGCGAAACCCUCUGUGAGGACUUGGGACAGUUUGUCAAACACCUCAAUACAGAACACGCACUUGAUGACCGAAGCACAGCCCAGUGUCGAGUUCAGAUGCAAGUGGUACAGCAGCUGGAGAUACAGCUGGCAAAGGAGAGUGAGCGCCUGCAGGCCAUGAUGGCCCACCUCCACAUGAGACCUUCGGAGCCAAAGCCUUUCAGCCAACCUCUGAACCUGGUCUCAAGUGCCACCCUCUCCAAGAGCACCUCGGACACGUUCCCUGAUGGUUUACCUCAUCCCCCCACCUCUGCCACGGCCCCCAUCACCCCGCUGCGGCAGGGCCCCUCCGUCAUCAGCUCUUCCACGUUACACAGCGUGGGGCCCAUCCGCAGGAGGAACUCGGAGAAGUUCUGCACCCCGAUAUCUUCAGAGCUUGCACAGAACCAUGAGUUUUACAAGAACGCGGAUGUCCGGCCGCCCUUCACGUACGCCUCGCUCAUCCGGCAGGCCAUCCUGGAGACCCCCGACAGGCAGCUGACCCUGAAGGAGAUCUACAACUGGUUCACCAGGAUGUUUGCCUACUUCAGGAGGAACACGGCCACGUGGAAGAACGCCGUCCGCCACAACCUGAGCCUGCACAAGUGCUUCGUGCGCGUGGAGAACGUCAAGGGCGCCGUGUGGACCGUGGAUGAGCACGAGUACCAAAAGCGAAGGCCACCAAAGAUGACAGGGAGUCCGACUUUAGUCAAAAACAUGAUUUCAGGACUCGGUUACGGAGCACUUAAUGCGAGUUACCAGGCGGCGCUGGCAGAGAGCAGCUUCCCACUGCUCAACAGCCCCACCAUGAUCAACACCAGCUCCGCCAGCGGGAUGCUGCACGUGGGCCACGACGACGUCAGCAGCACAGUGGAGCAGGUCAACAGCAACGGCAGCAGCAGCCCACGCCUGUCCCCACAGCAGUACAGCAGCCACCCCGUGCACGUGAAGGAGGAACCAGCUGAGGCUGAGGACGACAACCGGCCCGUCUCACUGCUGGCCACCGCCACCCAGAAUGUGACAAUUCCUGACGACAGGGACCUGGAGGAGGAGCUGCCGGUGGAAGACUUGUCCUAAGGACCCCGAGCGCUGCCCGCGCUCCGGCUGCAGACAAACCCCGGCUCCUGCCUCCCCAAGGUGACCUCUGGCGUUAACCCGUUUCUUCAAGGCACUUCCACAAAGCAGAAGGGUUUCCUUGGGGCACCCGUCCUGCUCCCCACUGCCCGGUGACUGGUGGGUCCCUGGACUGGGGGACGUGCGGCGAAACAAGAAACAAACCCCCCCGAGCUGAACGUUGUCCCCCCUCCUCCCUUGGUUAGUAACUGGUGAACGAGGAUGGUAGAUUGUUUCUGUCCGAAGUCGUCCCUCCUUCCUUCCCCACACCCACACUCCAAGGAAGGCUCCUCCAUCCCCUCAUCCCACACCGUGUGGCUGAGGGUUCUCUACAAGAUGUGGCUCCAGGAUGUCCCCAGACCCCCGGCGAUGGCCCCAGGGAGGCAGGACCCCUCUGCCGAGCCUCUUCCCAGCGGGUUUUGCACUACGAGGACCCGCGGUCCUUCCCCACACGCCGCCUCCAUCCAGCUUUGGGGGAAGAAACCGCAGAAAUGGGGCUGAGACCUUCACUGCAGCCUCACCAGCAUCCGGCACCUGCUGGGAUCCCUCGUGCCUGCAUGGCCCAGAUGUCACCACCAAUGGUGCUGCCCAGCCCCUGCGUGCCGUCCUCCAGUCCCCAACACCACCGGGCUGGUGGCAUCCAGGUGGUGACAGCCAUCCUGGCCAGGCACUGAAGACAAAGAUCCGGCUGCAUCUUGGCGUUGGGUGCCGCGGGUGAUGGCUCCCGGGGCCAGACCUAUGUAAGGCUGGUAGGGAAGAAUCUUGUCGCUGCAGCUGGGAUGGGCUCUGCGUCCUGCAGGAGCUACAAAGGAGGCUGGCACAUGGAGUCCCACCAGCAGAACCCUGCCGGGCUCUGGCACUGCCAUCCACACCAGGGUGGUUCGGGCUCAGCCCCAGGCCGGUCCCGCUGGAGCCGGGCUCUCCGUUCCCCAUUUUACCUUCAUUCUGUCCUCCUCUUGUGUGCGUUGCGCGUCUGCAUCCAGAUGGGAAGAUACCAAAAGAUGUCUAGAGACAGCAGGUCCGUAGUUCAGGUGAACAGAUGGUAUUGAUGCCAAAAAGAAAUAUUAAUAAUAACGAGAACGACACAACCAAA